UUUCCUAAAGUUGAUUCGGCUGUCAACUUUAUGGGGGCCAAUGGUCCAUGCAAAUGGCGGAGUUGAUUUGAUUUUGAUGUUGAGAUGGUGAGGUGCAGAGCACAAUAGAUAGCCGAGUUUUUGGGUUGUCAAAUUCAACAAGAUAUACAAAAUCUCUAUAUAAAGAGUCUAUUGCCAGUCAUACAGAUUAGACUAUGGUAGUGAUCCCAAGAGCCCACCUAAUCAAAGGAGCUGGACAAGACUAUGCUAGUGAUUUCAUUUCUGCGUGGUUGUGCAACCAGGCUAAGAUUUUGAUCUAGCUCUACAAGGACCUUAGGUUUAGGAUAGCUCCAGUUCAACCCUAGUGGCAAGUGCUUACAAUUGCCGGAUACCCAUUAUAUUCUCUUCAGAAAGGCAUAUCUGGUUCAUUAGGAAUCACCUUCAAAGGUAUUCCUUCUAGCUAUUGAGCCCUUGUAUUGGUGAUGGGUAAAGGGGCUAUAAAUGCAGACAAGAGGGGUACAAAACAUCCCAUAUAUAUAGGUGUGAGAAAGAGGAAGUGGGGACUAUGGGUGUCAGAAAUAAGAGAGCCAAAGAAGGAGAAGAGGAUAUGGCUGGGCUCAUUUCCCACACCAGAGAUGGCAGCUCGUGCACAUGAUGCAGCUGUGUUAGCAUUAAAAGGGGAUACUGCCAAUUUCAAUUUCCCUGAAUCGAUUCAAUCCCUUCCUCGCCCUGCAACUUUGUCUGCAACAGACAUUCAGGCUGCUGCUGUCGAAGCUGCGUACUCUUUUCAACAGCCAGAAGAGGAACAAGUACCCCAUUUGAGCUGCAGCAGCAAUAAUGAUGAUGAGAGGAAUGAUUUCCUAGACUUGGACCUCCUCUUACACAAUCCAAGUAAUGAGGCUGAACCCUGUGAUAUUGCAGGUCCUGAUAACAACAGUGAAGUGGUGGAGUCAUGGGUGGACUGGCCAAACUUACUAAUGAACAUUGCAGAUGGAGUGCCAGUCGGGUCUUCUCUCCUGUUUCACAAUCAAUUCUAUGGAGAAGAGGAACAAGAUCACCAGUUCGUGUCUCUUUGGGAUUUCACAUAAACUAUUGUGUAGCUAGUUAUCUUUAUUUAGCCAAGAUUACCAUGGGCAUAAGGUAUACGUUAUAGAAUGGGAAAAAAAAAGCUGAGGAUCAGUAUGCGCAGCCCAGGUUAUAGACGGAUUGGUAAGGUGAGUUUAUUAGGUAAAUAGGAGGGGAAAAAACUGUACAAAAUUUAAACAGUAUAUAAGAAACCCAAAAAGUACGCCUUAUGACAUAAGAUUGUAUCAAGUUGCUCUAAUGGGAUUCAAAAAAUUCGCGUUUAUUUUUAU